UGAACUUCUCGCUUUUUGCAAGAGCUUGAAGACGACUACACCAAAUCCCAUUCUCUGCACCCGAUAUACCAACUGCCGGAUCCUGCAUCUGCGCAGACCUGCAUCCCCCAACACGUACAACACCGCCCUUAACUGAGUUGGUGAGCCUGCCUCCGAUUCUACCAACGCGACUCGCCGUCUCAAUCCUCGACCGAUUUGUUUACACAAGGCCUGAUCAUCUAGUACCCCUCACUUUCCGCCCAACAUGAGUGUCGUCGGUGUCGAUUUCGGUUCUCUCAACACCGUCAUCGCCGUUGCCAGGAAUCGCGGUGUCGAUGUGAUCACCAACGAGGUCUCCAACCGAGCGACUCCGUCACUGGUUGGCUUCGGGCCCAAGUCCCGCUACCUCGGCGAGCCCGCAAAGACGCAGGAGAUCUCCAACCUCAAGAACACGGUCGGCUGCCUAAAGCGCCUUGUGGGACGCUCUUUCAAUGAUCCCGACAUUCAAAUCGAGCAGAAGUACAUCUCUGCGCCACUGGUCGACAUCGAUGGCCAGGUUGGUGCCGAGGUGAACUACCUCGGCAAGAAGGAACGCUUCACCGCGACACAGCUCGUCGCCAUGUUCCUUAGCAAGAUCAAGCAGACAACGGCCGCCGAGCUCAAGCUCCCGGUCUCGGAUAUGGUCAUGAGCGUGCCGGCUUGGUUCACCGACGCCCAGCGCCGCGCCCUGAUCGAUGCCGCCGACAUUGCCGGCCUCAAAGUGCUCCGCCUCAUCAACGACACCACUGCCGCCGCCCUUGGUUAUGGCAUCACCAAGCUGGACUUGCCUUCAGCCGAAGAGACGCCACGUCGUGUGGCCUUCGUCGAUGUUGGCUACAGCGACUACAGCUGCUCCAUCGUUGAGUUCAGAAAGGGCGAGCUUGCCGUCAAGGGCAACGCCUUCGACCGCCAUUUUGGCGGCCGCGACUUUGAUUGGGCGCUUGUCGAGCACUUGCAAAAGGAGUUCCACGGCAAGUACAAAAUUGACAUCUUUAGCAACCCAAAGGCCCUGACGCGCGUCUACGCCGCCGCCGAGAAACUCAAGAAGGUGCUGUCGGCCAAUCAGCAGGCGCCCAUGAACAUUGAGUCGCUCAUGAACGACAUCGACGUCCGUGCCAUGAUUACCCGCCAGGAAUUCGAGGCCAUGAUCGAGCCUCUGCUUAAUCGCGUCGACACCGUUUUGGAGCAGGCGCUCGCCGAAUCCAAGCUGUCCAAGGAGGAGAUUGACAUAAUCGAGGUCGUCGGUGGUGGCAGCCGUGUGCCCGCCAUCAAGGAGCGCAUCCAAGCCUUCUUCGGCAAGCCGCUCUCCUUCACCUUGAACCUGGACGAGGCCAUCGCCCGUGGGUGCGCCUUCAGCUGCGCCAUCCUCUCUCCCGUCUUCAGGGUCCGCGACUUUGCCGUUCAGGACGUCAUCAGCUACCCGAUUGAGUUCGCUUGGGAGAAGGAUGCCGACAUCCCUGACGAGGACACCAGUCUUACUGUCUUCAACAAGGGCAAUGUGAUGCCCUCCACCAAGAUCCUUACCUUCUACCGCAAGCAGCCGUUUGACCUCGAAGCCAGGUACGCCAACCCCGAGGGUCUCCCCGGCAAGGUUUCGCCCUUUAUCGGUCGCUUUUCAGUCAAGGGAGUCAAGGCGACCGGCGGGCCCGAGGAUUUCAUGAUUUGCAAGCUCAAGGCCCGCGUCAACAUCCACGGCGUCCUAAAUGUCGAGAGCGGCUACUACGUCGAGGACCAGGAGGUGGAGGAGGAGAUUAAGGAGGAGAGUGGGGAGAAGAAGGACCCCGAUGCCAUGGACACAGACGCAGCCAAGGAUGAGAAGCCAAAGACGCGCAAGGUCAAGAAGCAAAUUCGUAAGGGCGAGCUGCCCAUCGUCAGCGCCACACAGACGCUAGAGCCGUCGGUCAAGAAUGCCUUUGCCGAGAAGGAAGCCGCCAUGCUCAUGGAGGACAAGCUGGUCGCCGACACCGAGGAGAAGAAGAACGAGCUGGAGACGUACAUCUACGAGCUCCGCAACAAGCUGGAUGACCAGUACGCUGAGUUCGCGAGUGAGGAAGAGAAGGACAAGAUCCGCGAGAAGCUCACUUCUACGGAGGACUGGCUCUACGACGAGGGCGACGACGCCACCAAGGCUGUCUACAUCGCCAAGAUGGACGAGAUCCGUGCCCUGGCCGGCCCCGUGGUGCAGCGCCACUUUGAGAAGGUCGAGGCCGAGCGCCAGGCGCUCCAAGCCAGACUGGAAGAGGAGCGGGCCAAGAAGGCGGCGGCCGAGGCCGAGGCGCGCAAGGCUGCCGAGGGCGAGAAGCCGCAACAAGAAGGCGGCGCCAACGGCGGCGAGGCCAAGGACGAGGAAAUGAAGGAUGCGGAUGCCCCGCCCAAGCCUGAGGUCGAGGAGGCCGGUGACCCGUAAAGGACCCACCUAUGCAUGGUUCUUAUGGCUUCUUUGGGAUUUCUUUUUUUGUCCCCUUUCGGGAUGUGAAUGUGAGGGCGCUAAAAAGCCCUGCAUGUGGUGGUCUUCUGAUAGAUGGGCUCUUCUCAUAGGAAUAUGAAGCGAAAGCAUGUGUUGGGCGUCGAUGAUUUGUCGCUGUUAUGGAAUCUCGUUGUUAGGAGAGUAGAAUGACUGAUGUAGAGGGUUUCCAAAGGAAGAUUGCAUGCGUAGAGGCAAUAUGAUGAUGGUGGAGUUUCGGCUUUUACAAGGUGCGUGUAGAGGUAAAUGGACGGUUGUUGGUCUGGACACACCACAUCUCAAAGAGCGGCCUGGAAUCUAGCUGCUGGUAUAGUAUAGUAUGGUAUAAUCUGAAGUGAAGGGAGACCAACAGGUAACUGCAACCAUGUCGUUCAGGAUCAUCCGAUUAUAGGGGUGGUCGAAAAUGGUCAAGGGAUCGACACGCUCCGAUAAGCG